AACGCACGGAUCUAAAUAGGACACUAAAAAGAAAAAAAACAGAACUAGUAUUGGACCGAGAGGCGAGGCUGGUGAAGCGCAGCGCACCAUGGCCUCAAAGGACUCCACAGCUACGGCAGCGGGGUUUGCCAGCGUGAGCCGGGAAAUCACAGAGAGCAUCAGGAAGGUGCUGGACAAGCAGCCCAUUAAAUUUGUGCGAGCCAUCAAGCAGGACACGAGGAGCGGCAAGUCAGAGGACAGGAUUCUGGUUCUGGCUACAUGGCGACUGUAUCUCUUCGCUGUCAAAGUGCCCACCAAGCUGGAGGUUACUUUCAACUUCUUAGAAAUCCGGGCAAUGAACACAUAUCCAGAAUACCAGGUUGUUAUCGACACAGACAAGACAACCUACUCUUUGAGACUGCAGACACAGGAGCAGCUGGAUCUCAUGGUCAGCCACAUUAACUUUGCCCUUUCCCGAGUAUUCAACAACUCAAUCUAUGCUCCUCCCAUUUGCCGAGCAGAGGAAGAGCUUCUUGAUGGAAACCAAAAAUUUUCUCCAAAUUCGGAGUCGUCCCUGGACCCUCAGAAAACCUGUGGUGGUUUCUCUGAGACGUAUGCAGCACUGUGCGACUAUAAUGGAAUCAGUUGCAAAGAAGAAGUUCAGUGGGAUGUUGACACCAUCUACCAUUCUCAGGACAACAGAGAGUUCAACCUGCAGGACUUCAGUCAUCUUGACAGCAGAGACUUGGCGGUUAUUGUGGCAUCCAUUGCAUACAACACCUGGUUCACCAAGCUGUACUGCAAAGAUAUGCGUAUUGGGUCAGAAGUUGUGGACCAGGUCCUUCACACCAUCAGCAAAUCCAACUGCCUGGAGGAGAUCACGCUGGAGAACGCCGGCCUCAAGACGGAUUUUCCACAGAAGAUGGCGUCUGCUCUGUCAGAGAACCCGGCCUCAGUGAUCCACUCUCUGAACCUGGCUCAUAACACGCUCGACAACCAAGGUGUGUCCAACCUCAUUCAACAAGUGUGUCGCCUCAACAAGGGGCUGCGUCUGCUCAACCUGUCCAAAACCUCUCUCUCAUCUAAAGGAGUGGUUUCCUUGUCUCAGGCAUUGUGCUCCAGUGAUGACUACUCCAAUUCACUCCUUCAUCUGGAUUUGAGCAAAAACCCUGGUGUACUGUCUGGAGAUGAUGCCACGAAUCUGUACUUGUUCCUGGCUCAGCCUAACUGCUUGGUUCAUUUGGAUCUGUCGGGAACAGACUGCACCGUGGACUCGCUGUUUGGGGCUUUGCUGCGUGGCUGCUGUGCUGACUUAUCCUACCUGAACCUGUCCAAGAACUCCUUCUCUCACAGGAAAGCCAGAGACUCUCUGCCAACUUUCCGUCAGUUCUUCAGCUCGGCGUUCAGUCUGACCCACGUCAGUUUGGCCUCCAUGAAAGUCCCUCCUGAUUCACUGCGGGCUCUCUUCUUGGGCCUGUCCAAUAACCCUCAUAUCGCUGAUUUACACCUGGACAUCAGCGGCUGUGAGCUGAGGUCGGCCGGAGCGGCAGUCAUUCAGGAGCUGUUUCCCCGAGUCUCCUGUGUGGGGACGUUGGACAUUUCUGAUAAUGGUUUGGAUGCAGACAUGUUGGCAGUGGUUCCUGCGUUCUCCCAUCACCCAUCCCUUAAGCACCUGAUGCUGGGGAAGAACUUUAACAUCAAGGGCAGGGUGCUGGAUGAGAUACUACAGAAACUAGUUCAUUUGGUGCAAGAGGAAGACUGUGCUCUUCAGUCCCUCUCGCUGGCUGACUCAAGGUUGCGUCAGAGGGGCACUGUGCUGGUCAAUGCCCUGGGCUCUAACGCCUGCCUCAGAAAGGUGGAUCUGAGUGGGAACGGUCUGGAGGAUGCAGGCGCCAAAAUGCUCAGCAAGGCUCUGCAGAUCAACACCACACUCAGGAGCGUGAUGUGGGAUCGCAACAACACCACAGCGACCGGUUUCCAGGACGUUGCAAGAGCGAUGGAGCAGCACGAUCCACCAGCUGCUGUGGGACUCGCCCUCUCUUAUGUAUUAAAUGCUAGGUACCAGAGCCCGCCUUUUGACCUGGUAGCCACAGUCAAGCCAGACCUCAGUGGCACCUACGAACAAAUCCUGAAAGUGCGAGCCUUCACCAAUCUUCUCUGCAGAAGACAAGUCGUAACCCCUCAACUUUUGUGUGAUGGAAACUGCACAUGUCCUGUUGUGGAAUGCGCCCGGCCAGACAGAGACUGGAUCACCAAACUAGCAGGAGAACUGAGACCCAAAAGGGCAUGCAGACCAAAUCAUCAUGCAACUGCACAAAGCAAUGAGGAAGUGCGCCAGGAGCUAUGCUUCAUAGCUGACUGGCAGUUUGAACAGUCGCUACGGCAGGUGUCACAAGUCAAGCGUGGGACGAUGCAGGGACAGGAGAGCGCCACUCAAAUUCAAAGGCAAAGUCCAAAGGAUAUACGAGUGCUAGAGGUCACUUGGAUCGGUCUCCCGAGAGGCACAGAGUACUGCAUGAUGAUGUUGUGUAAACAUACCAAAUGUUUAAUCAUGCCCAGAGACUGUCCUAAGGAUGAACAAGGCGCCAACCCUCAGCUGUCAGACCUUCAUCACUCGCAGUCACUGAGGAGGAAAAAGCGCCGCAGCGUCUUGUCCAUUUUUUCAGGCUUUCGCAAGAAUCGCAACUCCACCAUCUCUAAUCAGGACUCAGAUGGUGUCUGUGAGAAUGUUUACUCCAUGAUCCAGCACCCUAAGGACAUGGGGCGGGUGGAGGGUGCAUUUCCAGGAGAAAAUGGGACCAUGCCGUCUCCCCGGCCCACACAGGGCAUAUCUGCACAUGGGAUAAGACCAGCCAGCCCUCCGUGCCUCAUACAAAGACAGUCCACAGAUCUGGUCAGCAUGGUGUACAGCUGCAUUGGGGCUGAAAUCGAGGACUCGGACGGCAGCAGCACCUGUGACACCAAACCCUCAGACCCAGAUCUGGAGCGAGCCCUCACCACAGUCUCAGACCCCCCUGUGGACUGCAGGACUAACGGCCACAUGGGGGCGCCCCUGCAGCAGGCAGACAGGCAGAUGGAGCCAGGUCGACAGGAGAGAAUUGUCCCUCUCACUGAUGUACAUUCAGACAUGGAGGAGGACAGGAAGAGCAGUGGUGGCAUCGCAAAUGUCUCAAGAGCGGAGUCUUCUCAGUGCACUAAGCCCAGUCUGUCUGUGAUGAGACAGAGACACCUGCAGGAGAGUUUAGAAGAGGCAGGCCGACUUGAAUUAGAAGAGGAGCACAGUGAUAGAAAGCAAAGAGGCACUGGACCAGAGGGGCAACAUUCCAUUACUCCAAACCAAACCAUUCUUGAUCAAUCAAGAGACAAAUCCUCCUCGGAAAUGUCCUCGUCCAAAAGCUCCCCCGGGAGUCCUUGCGAAGACACAGUCCCCGAACACCGAAACCUGUCCUAUUUACAAGAAGAACGAGUGGAGAGCAGAAGUCCCCCUGCGCCAGAGAGAGUGAGCCCUGGAGUCAUUCAAGAGGAAGGAGAGGGCCAUAGCGGAAACCCAAUCCCAUUUCAUCUCACCAGGAAGUCCAACUCAUUUGACAUAGGCAUAGAACAAGACAGACCCUACGAUCUGCAGAGGUCCUCAGAUCUCAGAUUCCCUGUGAAAAAACCCUGCCUCCCUCAGUACAGAAACAGAUCUCUGGACUACCCUCCAGGGCCCAGGUGUUAUGACAGUCCCCAGCACAGUGAUGCUUUAUGACGGUGUGAGUCCACAGGAGGAAAGUUUGAGCUGAACAGAGAGGACUGGAGGGAGACCAGCUUUUAGGCUCUGUGGACUUUUUUAGAACCACGUAGACACUAGUUGUUUUAAAAUGCAUGUGACCUUAACAUUAUUUUCUCAUAUUUCUUAUACUGGUUGCACUUGCACUGAUUUCUCAGGCCUGUUUAUGGGUUUCAGCAUUCUAAUAUAUGUGACCUUUUGAAGUCUUUUCACCAUUUAGCAGACAAAAUAUUUUGUUUAAAAUUGUUAAUUACCAUGGCAAUCAUCUUUCAUAAUUCUGAAACCCAUGGAUAGUAAGUUGGAAGCUGUGUCUAUGAUAAAUUGCACAUCACAGUUUUAACGCUCUUCACAAACUGUUUAUUAUCUGUGCACAUUCCCUCUAAACUGUUUUCAAAUCAGUCUGUCUUUUCCUGACAAUCUGUGACUAUGUGAGUUUCGAUGUGUAUUCUAAUGAACUGUAUAUACUAAAUCUGCACUAACCUCUAUGGUAACAAUCAUGUUUUUAUUUUAAAAUAUAUAUAUAUAUACUUUAAUAUG